UCACGCCCACAGCCGCACGCGCAUACCGACAGGCGCUCGCGCAGGAGAAACCGUGCAUUUUGCAUUCAGUUGUAAGGCAACUUUUAGGGUCAUCAAACGCUUUAACCUGACCCUUUUUACCAUCAAACGUCAAAUUAUUGUGUCAUAUUCCCUAUCAAAGUUAAGCCUCCGUUAUCUCUGGACAUUCUUAGACAUUCAAGUUGACUUUUAUUGACUUAAGCUUCGGAGUGGUGUUGUCAUUGUGCCCUGUUAUGUAUAUUAUCAUACUUUCUGACGUGUAAGUUUUGGUUAAGUCGCGAGUUUGGUUGGAGUUGUGAUUGGUGAAACUAUAAGUUGUUCCAGUUACGCGGUGUAAUCUGUAUAAAGUGGAUAUGGAAGGAUUUCUCUCGAGGUGAAAAUGUGGGAAAAUAUCUUCUACGUCAAGUCGGUGCGGAAAAAGGGGACCGCCGUAUAGGUCCUCACCAUGUCGAGCGGGAGUUGUUCAGGUCCGGGGAUGUGCGGGGGGGCGCGGCGGAGGCCCCCGCCGCCACCGGAGCCAGAACUAUCCCUCACCGCGGACCUCAGCGAGCUCAGCCUGGAUCAGGGCUACCAUACGCUGGCGGAUUGCGGUCCCCCCCGAAGGAGACGCGAGAACACACUCACUGAUGGCUUGUGGUUAAAUAUAUUGUCUUACCUUGAGGCGUCGGAUCUGUGCCGGAUGACGCGCGUCUGCCGGCGGUGGGCCCGGCUGGUGACGAACACACGUCUCCUAGCGCGGCCAGAGGCAUGGCGGCGUGUGCGCACGGCAGGGCCGCUCGAAAUCGCCGUCCGCUGUGCCAGCGCGCGCGCCGGACCCUACGUCACCGCAGUCCGGGAGUGGCGCUCGAAGAACCCCAUGGUAUCAGCGGCUGGCGCUCAGUUGCUGUCAGCCACUUUCCGCAACCUGACGCACCUGGCCAUCUUGGGGUCCACCACUAUGGACGCGCGUGCGCUUGCGCCGCUCAUUACCGAACUGGCUGAUCUUAGGCAUCUCGAUCUCACUGGUUGCCCAAACGUGGACUGGCCGGAGUGGGCGUGGUUGGAAGGGCGGCUGGCGUCGCGGCGGCCCCUGAUCGAGUACAUAGACCUGACUGACUGCAGCGGUGUCACCGACGUCGGCUUGUGCGCCCUGCUGCACACCUGCCCGUCACUACUGUACCUCUACCUACGACGCUGCGUUCUCGUCACAGACGCGGGUGUUCGAUGGAUUUCCUCAUACUGUGUUUUGAAGGAGCUCAGUGUGUCCGACUGUACCGGCGUCACGGAUUUCGGUCUGUACGAGCUUGCGAAGCUCGGUCCCGCACUGCGAUACCUUUCCGUGGCCAAGUGUACUCAGGUAUCGGACUCGGGCAUAAGAACGCUGGCUCGCCGCUGCUACAAGUUGCGCUACUUGAACGCGCGAGGGUGCGGUGCCGUGGGGGAUGACGGUGUGGAAGCCAUCGGCCGGGGGUGCUCGCGGCUGCGCGCCCUUGACCUCGGUGCCACCGAUGUCUCCGAAGCUGGUUUGCAGAUACUGGCGCGUUGCUGCCCCAACUUGAAGAAGCUAGCACUGCGAGGAUGCGAGUUGAUAGGCGACGACAGUUUGGAGGCCGUGGCCUAUUACUGCCGCGGACUCACCCAGCUCAACAUACAGGACACGCCCGUCACCCUGCGAGGGUACAGAGCAGUCAAAAAGUACUGCAAACGAUGUGUCAUUGAACACACCAAUCCCGGAUUCUGUUGAUAAUAUUCCGUUUCCUUUCUAAAUAUUAUAUAAUUGGAAAUUAUAAAGCUCAGUUGGGUACGCUACGAUACGGUUUCGCAACCUUUCGUAAAAGACGAAUUCUUGUGAAAUAUUUGACAAUGGCUAUGAGGAAGAGCGAUUGAAAUUCUUCUCCCCAGCGAGUAUUUCAGGAACCUUGUCCUUAAAAUGUGUAAUGUAAAAUGUGUAAAAGUAUAAGUACAUGUAAAAUAAGGACGGAGGAAGUAUACUUUUUUCAACUAA